GUAAAUCCUUAGAAGAUCUAUAUUCGUUCACGAUUCAACAAUAUUUCAACACGAAAUGUCCACCGGAAUUUGAUGUGUUUUUCCUCCUCACAGUUUCCCUGUCACGGUUACAGAAUAUCAAAGAUGGAAUUAGUAAAAAUUGUUGAUGAAUAUGGCAACAAAAUACACUACAAGCGUUACCAAGGGCGGUCAUUCCAUCCGGAUUUUUUGGGUAAUGUCCGUGACCACCUGGCCGAGAUAUCCGCUUACGAGGGCCAGCGUGACGAUAUUCUCCUGUGUACAUUUCCGAAAUCAGGAAGUCACUGGGUUUUCAACAUGGUCCAGAUGAUACGAGCAAAUAAUUUUGAAUACAAUGGAACACCAGCUGUGAUGGAAUUUCAACCAAUCAGCGAUUUCGAAAAGCUGCCAUCACCGCGCAUGUAUCUCACGCAUCUCGGAUAUCCUUUUAUCCCUAUGGCUGCAAAGCGGGGUGAUAUCAAAAUCAUUCACGUUUUGAGAAACCCAAAGGACACGGCAUUAUCUUAUUACGAGUUCUUCAACAGCAUGAGAAAUGUGGCCUACGAAGGGACGUUAGGUGGAUUCCUGAAGUACUUCCUGUCAGACGAGUUCGUUGCUGUUGGUAGCUCACUGUUCCCUUAUAUGAAGGAAUGGGAAGACGCUAAGCGGAAUAACAACAAAUUGCAAAUUCUAAAUCUUCGAUAUGAAGACCUCAAACAGAAUCUGUUUGAAAAUAUCCUAAAAAUUACGAAAUUUCUGAACCUCGAUCGACCGGAUGACUUUCUUCGUGGAGUUGAACAGAACGUGUCGUUUGAACGGCUGAAGGAAAAGCACGACUCCAACCUUGGGGAAACAGAGAGGUGGAAAAAUAAUGCUGAUGGCGGGAGGCUGCCGAUAUAUAGGAAAGGUAAAAUUGGCGAUUGGAAGAAUAAAUUCACUGUGGCGCAGAACGAAAUGUUUGAUGCCGUCUACAAAGAGAAAAUGGAAGAAAUGGGGUUGACGCUUGAUGAAUUUAUCUUUGAGUAGUUUAAAAUAAGCAACAAGGAAAAUGCUAGCAAUGAUUAUGAAACAACUUUAUAUCUAUCUGCUAUAGUUCAGCAGUAGAGAAGUUACCUAAGAAAGAUAACUCUUGUUAGUUUUUAUACGUUUUGGUUGUAUUUAAAUAUAAUUUGUUUACCGGUGAUGAAAAUGAUGAUAUCUUUAUGAAAGUAUAAACCACAUUGAAAAUAUGAAAUUCAUUGAAUUAUGGGUUUAUUUCACUUCCCCAUUCAGGUUUUGACAUUUCCCUUGAACUAUUUUCGAGCUUUUCGGUCGCCUCAUCCGAGUAACACUUAAGACCCUCGGAAUCAUUGUCUAGUCGUAGAACAAAACAGUUGUUCUCCUGUAUCCAACUUUCAAUUUGCUUUUGGAAAUAGCACUAUUGUCUUUUGUACGUACAAUUCUUCGAAGACACUGAUAAUUCUCAUGUAUUUUAGUUUAAAUCAAUAUAUUGUCCAAAUAUUAAGUCCCUUUUUUGAACUUUUGAAGAAGACGUCGCUGAAUUCUUCAUGUGAUAGACUCUGAUAGAUUUAAAUGACAAAUAGUUGUAUGAUGCAGUUUUAUUUAACAUUUUUCAUAGGGUUGACUUUUGAGUAAAUAUAUAUUUGAUAGAGCUAUACAUGUGUUAUAUACUCCCUGAUAAACGUCAAUAUAAUCUCCUGUCGGAAACUAAUGGAGUAUGAGCGAUCGUUAAAUCGGUGGGGUUAACUCAUUGUGCCACACAAUGUGAUGUGAACAACAACAGGUACCAUUAGUAUGCUCAAUGUACCACGUAGCAUUGCUUUUGUCCCCUCAUCUACAAUAGUUAUAUUUAAUAUCGAUUUUUAGUUGUGCAAGCCAAUACAAUUAUAUCAAUUAAGAAUUGAAUAAUGUUAUGUUGAGGUGUAUGGGGGUAUAA